AUGCCGCGAGACAGAAAGCGUUCAAUCUCGUGUGAUGGGAACGAGUGUGACAAAAUGAAUUCACCCAUGCCUGAUGAAGAAGCGAACUUGUGUGAAGCUGGAGAAAGAGAAAUCUUGAGAGACAGGAAGGCCUUCACCAAUGGGAUAGAACAAAGGUUCUGGGAUGAAAGACAAUGUCUUUCCAAAGAUUUUAUCCAGAUCAAGUACACCCCUGACUGCAGCGAUGCCAUGGAUAAUUUGCACAGUCUCAGCUGUCCAACGCAAGCAUACAUGUACACCAUGGGGCGGGUUUUUAGAAAAACCCCCCAGCAAACGGAUGGAUUCCGUCCCGAGCGCCCGCAACUUGGUUGCGAAGCAUCCAACGGACGCUCGGGCGGGCCUGGCAUCAUUUGGGCGCUUCAGAAAGCGUCCAAGGGAUGCUUGGCAGGCGAGACCAUCCAGAGGAUGGUAGUGUCCGAUUGA